GGAGGUGUACGGAGUGGAUCUGGAUCAGAGUCGGGCUCGGAUCUGGAUCAGAGUCGAUCUGGAAUCUGGAGAGCUGCUGGACGGCGGCGGAGCUGCGAACAUUUAAUCUGAGGAGGUGUGUCCCGUCCUCUCGUCUGUCAGGAUGCUCUUCUCUGUCAGACUGAAUCUCUUCAUUUCGGUCCUGGUUUUUGUCUCGCUGUUUCCUCAGCCGACACCGGCUCAAGUUUCAUCACCACGAAAGUUUCGUGCAAAAGUUUUGAGUCCCACUAAGCUGCACGUGUCGUGGAAAGAACCAAAAGGAGACUUUGAAGGCUACAAAGUUAUUUACACCACGAAACCAGGUGGCGAGUGGAUCGAGGUCCAGGUCUCAAAGCAGGACGCCCAGCUGAUCAUUGCUGACUUUAACCCCUCGAAAGAAUACAAUUUUAAAGUCAUUGCUGUGAGUGGAGGGCGGGAGAGCAGAGCACUUAUGGCCAAACACGAAGCUCAGCGGUCGGACAUUGAAACGGUUCAGUCACAAACGAGACAAGACGGCGGCGUCACUGAGACCGUCAAUGUGAUCUCAGAAGCUGAAGAGGUAUUUCUAUGUCGGACUGCGGCGAUAGCCGAUAUCGUGAUUCUAGUGGAUGGUUCUUGGAGUAUCGGACGCAUCAACUUCAGGCUGGUCAGAACGUUUCUGGAGAACCUGGUCAAGGCCUUUGACGUGGAGUCUGACAAGAUCAGGAUAGGUCUGGCCCAGUACAGCGGGGACCCGAGAAUCGAGUGGCACCUUAACACCCACAGUACCAAAGAGGCAGUGAUUGAUGCCGUGAAGAACCUGCCAUACAAAGGAGGAAACACACUCACGGGUCUGGCUCUGACUUUCAUCUUGGAGAACAGUUUCAAACCAGAGUCUGGAUCUAGAGCUGGCAUUCCCAAGAUAGGAAUCCUGAUCACAGAUGGGAAGUCCCAGGAUGAUGUGACGCCUCCUGCACAGAGCUUGAGGGAUGCUGGGAUAGAACUGUUUGCCAUUGGUGUGAAAAAUGCUGACGAGAACGAGUUGAAGGCCAUCGCUUCUCCUUCUGAAGAGACUCACGUCUACAAUGUGGCCGACUUCAGCGUGAUGGGCGACAUCGUGGAGAGUCUCACCAAGACCGUGUGUGAGCGAGUGGAUAAGCUCGACAAAGAGAUUAAAGGUAUGGGAGCCCCCGCUCCUCCACCUGGUGUUGUGGCCCCUCCCCGUGACCUGGUGACCUCUGAGAUCACUGCCCGUAGCUUCAGAGUGACAUGGACCCAUGCACCGGGUCAGGUGGAGAAGUACCGCGUUGUUUACUAUCCCGCCAGUGGAGGCCAUCCAGAAGAAAAGGUUGUGGAUGGGACAGAAAACACAGUGGAGCUGAACUAUCUGAACUCUCUGACGGAGUACCAGGUGGCAGUGUUCGCUGUGUACCGCAGCUCGGCCAGCGAGGCCCUGAGAGGAAGCGCCACCACAUUGGCACUGCCCAUGAUCAACGACCUGGAGCUUUAUGACAUCACUCAUAGCACCAUGAGGGCACGCUGGAGGACUGCCGCCGGGGCUUCUGGGUACAUGAUCCUGUAUGCACCACUAACAGAAGGAGACCCUGCAGAUGAGAAGGAGGUGAAGGUGGAGGACUCGGUCAACGAAGUGGAGCUGGAGGGUUUGACUCCAGACACAGAGUACACGGUGACCGUCUACGCCCUGUACGGUGAGGAGGCCAGCGACCCCAUGACCAGCCAGCAGACAACACUGCCGCUGCUCCCGGCGAAGAAUCUGCGUUUCACCAACAUUGAUCACAGCUCUGCACGGCUCAGCUGGGACCACGCCUCCAGAAAGGUCAUUGGGUAUCGCAUCAUGUAUGUCAAGACCGACGGGGUCCAUACUGUUGAGGUGGAUGUUGGCCAUGUGACAUCGUGGUUGCUAAGGAACCUGACGUCCCUCACGGAGUAUACGGUUGCCAUCUUUGCAGUCUACGACGAGGGACAAGCUGAGCCGCUAACAGAUAGCUUCACCACAACAACGGUUCCUGACCCGCUGGACCUGAGGAGCAGUGAAAUCUCAGCAGACAGCUUCCGAGUGUCAUGGCAACACCCAGCCAGUGAUGUGGUGCUAUACCGACUCACGUGGACACCGACCGACGGAGGAGACCCUGAAGAGUCGCUGAUUAACGGAAACAUGAACAGCUACCUCAUAGAAGGACUCAAACCCUCCACCGAGUAUGAAGUCCUCCUCUCCGGCAUCUACAGUGACCAAACCGAGAGCGAAGAGGUCAUCAUCAUCGAGCGCACCGUGGCGAGAACAACCACGAUCGCAACCACGACGACCACCACAGCUGUGCCACGUGUCGGGGUGAGGAACCUGCAGGUUGAUAGUGAAACCACCUUCAGUCUACGGGUGUCGUGGCAGCCAGUCGACAGCAGGAACGUCAGACAUUAUCGCUUGACCUACGUCAGCACCAGAGGAGACCGAGCACCGGAGACCAGAACAGUGCCGGCAAAUCAGAACAGUUUGGUUCUGCAGCCUUUGCUGUCGGAUACAGAGUACAAAGUUGCCAUCACUCCAGUCUAUCCUCACUGGAGAUGGACCAAACGGCCGCACGCAUGGGACGCCACACUUCCCCUCUUGGCGCCUCGGGACUUGCGGGUGUCAGAGGAAUGGUACAACCGGUUUAGGAUCAGCUGGGACGUCCCGCCUUCACCCACCAUGGGCUACAGAGUCGUCUACCAGCCUCUGUCGGCUCCUGGACCAGCUCUGGAGACCUUCGUGGGUGAGGACGUGAACUCCAUGCUGAUUGUCAAUCUGCUGAGCGGUACGGAGUACAGCGUGAAGGUCAUCGCCUCCUAUGCCACCGGAUCCAGCGAGGCCCUAGCAGGCGGGCCAAGACCUGUAAUGUACCUGGGAGUGACUAACUUGACCCCCUACCAGGUCAGGAUGACCAGUUUGUGUUUCCAGUGGCAACCACAUCGCCACGCCAGCGCAUACCGAGUCGCCAUGGAGUCGCUGCUCAACGGACAGAAGCAGGAGACAAAGCUGAGCGGUGGAGCCAGCAGACACUGUUUCAACAACCUGAAGCCCGACACAGAGUACAAGAUCACAGUGUUCACUCAGCUGCAAGACGGAACCGAAGGGCCGGCUGUCACCACCACCGAGAGGACGCUGCCUAUCCCGACCCCAGUGCCGACCACGCCCCCCACCACCACCCCGUUACCCACAAUCCCACCUGCCAAAGAAGUGUGUAAGGCGGCCAGAGCGGAUCUGGUGUUUCUGGUUGAUGGUUCCUGGAGUAUUGGUGAUGAGAACUUUCUGAAGAUAAUCCGGUUCUUGUACAGCACGACUGGAGCUCUGGAUGAAAUUGGACCUGGUGGCACUCAGGUGGCUAUCGCACAGUUCAGUGACGAUGCACGUACCGAGUUCAAGCUAAACUCGUACAACAAUAAAGAGCGUCUGUUGGAGGCCAUCAACAGGAUCUCGUAUAAAGGAGGAAACACCAAAACAGGUCGGGCCAUCCAACACGUGAAGGAGAGCAUCUUCACUGUGGAGGGCGGAGUCAGAAGAGGAAUCCCCAAAGUGCUUGUGGUCCUCACGGACGGUCGAUCCCAGGAUGAUGUCAACAUGGUUUCCAAGGAGAUGCAGAACGAAGGCUACAUCGUGUUUGCCAUCGGCUUUGCUGACGCAGACUACGGCGAGCUGGUGAGCAUCGCCAGUAAACCCAGUGACAGACACGUCUUCUUUGUGGACGACCUGGAUGCUUUCAAGAAGAUCGAAGAGAAGCUGGUGACGUUUGUGUGUGAGGCCGCAACGGCCACUUGUCCGUCAGUGCCGAUGAGUGGCAGCACAACUCCAGGUUUCCGUAUGAUGGAGCUUUUUGGGCUGGUGGAGGAUCGCUACGGCAGCCUGUCUGGUGUUUCCAUGGUACCCGGCACAUUCAACAGCUUCCCAUGUUUCCACCUGCACGGCGACGCCCUGCUGGCCCAGCCCACCAGAUUCCUCCAUCCUGAGGGGCUGCCCUCCGACUACACCAUCACCCUGUUGUUUAGACUGCUGCCCGACACGCCACAGGAGCCCUUUGCCCUCUGGGAAAUCCUCAAUAAGCACAACGAGCCGCUGGUGGGAGUCAUCCUGGACAAUGGAGGAAAAACUCUGACGUUCUUCAACAAUGACUACAGAGGAGAGUUCCAAACAGUGACCUUUGAAGGAGCAGAAAUCAAAAAACUCUUCUACGGCAGCUUCCAUAAGCUUCACAUCGCAAUCAGCAAAACAAGCGCCAGAGUGGUGAUCGACUGCAAGAUGGUGUCAGAGAAAAACAUCAACGCAGCCGGAAAUAUCACCACGGACGGACUGGAAGUUCUGGGAAGGAUGGUCCGCUCCAGAGGGAAUAAGGAAAACUCUGCACCUUUCCAGCUUCAGAUCUUUGAUAUCGUGUGCAGCACUUCGUGGGCCAGCAGAGAUAAAUGCUGUGAGCUCCCUGGCCUGAGGAAGGAGGCCGAGUGUCCGGCCAUGCCCAAAGCCUGCACCUGUACCCAGGACAGCAAAGGGCCCGCCGGCCCCGCUGGACCACCAGGAGGUCCAGGAAUCAGAGGAGCCCGAGGAGAACGUGGUGAGCCUGGUCCAGUGGGGCUGACUGGUUCGGUUGGUGAUACAGGCCUUCCAGGACCUCAGGGCCCUCCUGGUCCACAGGGACCCAGUGGUCGCUCCAUCAUUGGGCCUCAGGGGGCACCAGGAGAGCCAGGUCAGAAAGGUGAUGCUGGAAUACCAGGACCACAGGGAAUACCAGGCAGAGCCGGAGCCGCAGGCAGAGAGGGGCUACCGGGACCCAGGGGACUGCCAGGCAAAGAUGGCCCCCCGGGCACACAGGGCCCCCCGGGCGUCAUCGGGGGCCCAGGAGCCCCGGGGGCCCCUGGAACCAGCGGCCCUCCAGGAAAACAGGGCGAACUGGGACCACCGGGUCCAGUUGGCAGUAAAGGCGAGAAAGGUGAACGGGGUGACCUCCAGUCAAUGGCGUCUGUUCAGUCCAUCGCACGUCAGGUCUGCGAGCAGCUGAUCCAGAGUCACAUGGCACGCUACAACUCCAUCCUGAACCAUGUGCCCAGCCAGCCCGUGUCCAUCCGCACAGUGCCCGGACCUCCUGGCGAGCCCGGACGACAGGGAUCCCCUGGGCCACAAGGAGAACAAGGGCCUCCUGGAAGACCUGGCUUUCCUGGUCAGAAUGGACAGAACGGCCAACCAGGAGAACGAGGUCUUCCAGGAGAUAAGGGAGAAAAGGGAUCACCUGGUGUUGGUGUCCAAGGGCCCAGAGGACCCCAAGGCACCCCAGGUGCCCCAGGUCAGGGUAGACCUGGUAACCAAGGUUCAUCAGGACGUCCAGGAAAUCCUGGAUCACCUGGGCGGCCCGGGGUUCCUGGACCCAUCGGUCCUGCUGGGCCUCCAGGCUACUGCGACCAGAACUCCUGUGUGGGUUACAAUGUUGGAGUCCAGCUGCCGCCUGACGUCUUCCAGAAUUACGGCGAGGCUGAGGAGGACGACCCAUACCGCUACUACCAGCCUAACUACCCAGCACCGCGGCCUGUUGACCCUAAUGACCCUGCACUCGCUGUGGACGACACUGAGCUAAGUUCCCCUGCAGCCUAUCGCGGCUCUCGAAGCCUGGACGGGAAGGACGAGAGGAUCAGCGCAAAGAGGAGAAUAAACCGGGGGGUCCAGAACUAAGUAACUCAACAGAGAACUGGGUCCCGCCCGGCAUCACUUUGGUGGUUUGGAGCUCUGAUGGACUUCACAAGUGCCUGAUGUAGAAAAUUUUAUGGAAGUUGUAAAAAGGAGGGGAUGGGGCUACUUUAAUUCCAUUUAUGCUGAUUAAUUAACGUGAAGUAAAAGGUCCAUGUUCUACCUUUUAGUCAUAGUCUGUUUGAAAAUAAGUCCUCAAAAGUGAAGAUGAAAUGCCUCUACUGCGCCCUAAUGGCCUGUGGCUGUAACUGCCUGCAUGUAACAACACUAACUCUGUGAACCGAACCUGGUUUCAUGAUUGAAGCAUUGAAGCAUGUCCGGAUGGUAUUUUGGCUACACUUUUGGACAUCGCUUUGGUGUUUUGCUUUGUUUUUAUAAAUCAGACUUUAGAUUUAUUGUUCUCACUAAAAGUGUAACAAUAAUUUAUAUUUCAAGUUUUGUCCCAA